CCCCAGCUGCAGCCCCCCGGCCCAGCCCGCUCCGGCACUGCUCGGCUCUGGCCCAGCGGUGCCCCGGCCCCGGCCCCCCGGAGCCCAUCUGGGCAGCAAGCACAGGGGAGCCUCCGGGCGAUGCAGCCAGGCCUGGGGGCGGCAAGGCCUGAGCCCCGGGCAGGGAUUCCCGGUGCGCACAAAGCGGUCAUCCCGUGUGCCGCGUGCCCUGCCCUCGAGCCCGGCGCCCCGAGCAGGGAGGGGGGCACGGCUUAGGGCCCCAGGGAGCCCAGUUCCCCGACCGGAGGCCGCGGGCGGGACAGCUCGUUAUCCUCCCGCCUCGUCAGUGCCAAGGGGGGAGAGUGGGCCGCUCGCCCGCCUGGGGGACGCGCCGAGCUGAGCGAGCCGCCCGCCUAGCAGAUAAGGAGGGAGCGCGGCAGGGAGCGCACAGCUGCCGGGGAGACGCCGGAGCUGGGGCAUGGCCGAGAGCACGGCCGCGGGGAGGUGGAGCGCUGCCCAGGCCCGAGAGAGGUGCCGGCCCGCGUCUCCCCCGGCCGGCACGGCCAGGGGGCUCCCAGGCCGGAGGAGAGGUGGCCAAGCCAGGGCUGGCAGGAGCCGGGGCGCUGGCAAAGCAGCUGCCCUGCGCCUUGGGGCUGUCCCGGCCUCCGUGAGGGCCGGGGCUGGCGCGGCGGCCGGGCGGCUGUGCCCGGAGAACGCGGCGCGGGAGCGCAGCCGGGUGCGGACGCUGCGCCAGGCCUUCCUGGCCCUGCAGGCUGCGCUGCCCGCCGUGCCGCCCGGCACCAAGCUCUCCAAGCUGGACGUGCUGGUCCUGGCCACCAGCUACAUCGCCCACCUCUCCCACACCCUGGGCCAGGGCCCGGCCCCCGCCGCCCGCACCCCCAGCCUGCUCCACCCCAUCAAGAAGUGGCCGAUGCGCUCCCGCCUCUACGCCGGCGCCUGGGGCUGGGACGGCCCGGAGCCACGGGCCCCAGCGCUCACAGCCCCCGGCAGCCACGCAUGGGCAGGCCUGGAGGGGGGUGGCACUGCAGCUGGGGGCCCUGCCCCGUGACCCCCCUCGCUCCAGGGCUCCUCUCUCCAGCUCGUGCAGGCCGUGCCCCUACCCCGGACCCCAGGACUGGGCUGGGGGCACCAACUCCUGCUGCUUUCAGACUUCACGCUGUGCCCCUCACCGCCACGUCAGGGUGCUGCGUGCCUCCCCGCGGGGUGCCACCCAGCCGGGAGAAGCCCGCUGCCAGCUGAGAGGAGGAGGAGGGGGGCAGGCUGGUCCGGAGGAGGAAGGCAAGGGCAGGGACCACUCCUGACACCCCUGCAGCAACCGACCCGGGAUUUGCAGGGGUGUGGGGGGCCGCGGUCUGGGCACUAACGGGCAGCCAGGACGCCUGGGUCCAUCCCGGCUGCGGGGCGCCAGGACUCCUAGGCACGCUGGACUCACCGGCUGAGAACGGGCCCGACGUGCGCAACUGUGAGUGUGAGUCUGCCAAUGCAAAGGUUGUGGGUUCAACCCCCGCCUCCGGCAGGCUUCGCUUCUGCAUGUCUUUCGUGAAGAAGCCUUUUCCUGCGG